AUGAGGCGUCAUGUGUAAUGUGCAGAUAUCGCUGAAAGUGCGUUUCGUCCAAAUAUUAUUACGAACGUUGUAAAUAUUGUAUCAACGUAAAGGUCUGCUUUGCUUUGUGAGUACGGUGUUUCAGAAUACAUAUGAGGACCUUAACAAAAGUCCCAGAUUUGGUCCUUUCCUUACCACCAACACCGCGGCGAAAUGGAUUCGGUCGGUCAUUCCUAGCCGAGCAUUUUUUUUUUUAUCGGAACCAUGAUUUGGUUCUGACCGGUUCCUGUAUCCUAAGAUCGGUUCAUGUUUGUACCGGUGUGCUCCUAUGCACUAAUUGACACCAACUAGCCCUGUGAGAGGAGCCUGAUAUGUCUGGCGUGGCUGGAGCUGGGGCGUGCGCUAGCGUUGGCGCGGCCACCGCGAGUUGUACUUCAGCCGGCUCUACCUCUGGCGCACUAUGCGGCGGUUCGGGCAUUGCGGGUAGACUACCGACUCGGGUUUUGGAGCACAUUUUCUCGUAUCUGGAGUUGUCGGACCUCACGAAGUGUUUCUUGGUUUGCUGGCACUGGAACCACUGCCUCGCCGACGAGAACAGCGAGGUGUGGCGGAGCCUCUGCGCCCGCUUGCUCAGCGAAGAGGCUCUGCGCUCAGACAUCCUCUGCAACUUGCCAACGCACAGAGGGAAACUGAAGUCAUUUCAGCAUGCUCUGAGCUCCCACGACUGCUCGAGGAACGUGUAUGUUAAGAAGAACGGUUUCACCCUCCACCGCAACCCCAUCGCCCAGAGCACUGAUGGCGCUCGUGGUAAGAUCGGCUUCACGGAAGGCAGGCAUGCCUGGGAGAUCUGGUGGGAGGGGCCACUUGGCACCGUGGCAGUGAUUGGGAUUGCAACCAAGCGGGCACCAAUGCAGUGCCAAGGCUACGUAGCGCUGCUGGGUAGUGAUGACCAGAGCUGGGGAUGGAACCUGGUGGAUAACAACCUCCUUCACAACGGUGAAGUCAACGGGAACUUCCCUCAGUGCAACAAUGCACCAAAGUACCAGAUAGGGGAGAGGAUACGAGUGAUCCUGGACAUGGACGAUAAGACGUUGGCUUUUGAGCGAGGCUUUGAGUUCCUGGGCGUGGCCUUCAGGGGGCUGCCCAAGGCCUGCCUCUUUCCAGCAGUUUCAGCGGUUUACGGCAACACCGAAGUCACAAUGGUCUACCUGGGCAAACCUUUGGAUGGCUGAGACAUCGCACGUGACCAGGAGACAUUCACAUGACAGUGACUCGGAACAGCCCUUGGUGUGACAGAGAUGAGCUGUUUGGAACGAACAAAUGGGGGGUAUGGGUCCGACGCGCCACAGGAUGCGUGCUUGGCUUCCGCAAGUUUUCUCGAUGGCUGAGGAUGGUUAUUUUUAAAGUUCAUUUGAAUUUAAUUUAUUAAAAGACACUGGGCUAUGUCUUAGUUAAUCAAGCCAACCAGAAAAGAUGGUAGGUGGAAAUUUUAACCCUAAUCUUAACCCAAACUCUAUACAUAAUCUGAAAUCAGUGUGUUUAUAACACAUGACAGCGGUCAUGUCCAAUAAGUAUUGCAUUAAUACAACAACGGGAUGACUUUAGAAUUUUACUCUGCACCACAAAACCAACUCAUAUGCAGGCAUAUGACAUGCCAAAAUGAUGUUUCUGUUGCCUCUUCACAACGUGACCAUGUUGAGCUCAAAGGUAAGACUGCUUCACUACAAGAAUUAGUACUUUGCAUGCACUAUAAGUUGAAGCUGUCUUUCGCCAUUAGUGUUUGUGCAGGGAAACCUUGUAACUGUUCCUGUACUACUUCUCCAUUGUGAUGUAAUAGUGUAUGAUAUAUUUAUUUAUUAGGUUUUUCCUUGGUAUCAUUGAGUUCAUGGAACCAGUGAAUAAACUAUACGGUGCCAGUCUAA